AAGACACCAUCAUGAUAUUAUCAACUACUAAUACAAUUAUACACACUUUCUUCAAAUGUACAAUACUCUUUUUGUGUUUCUUUUUUCCUUGUUGUUUAUCUAAAGACAACAUAACAACGGGGGAGAUAAUUAAAGAUGUUGGGACAGAGUACUUGGAAUCAGCUGGCAAAAAAUUUCAAAUGGGCUUUUUUUCACCUCAAAAUCGGUCAGAACAACGAUACGUUGGAAUUUGGUAUGCCAUGGAUCGGGGCACUAUAGUAUGGGUUGCAAACCGCAAUAGUCCGGUCCAGGAUUUAUCAGGAUUUCUUACAAUUGGAGAUGAUGGUGAGGUUAAGGUGCUAGACAAAGAUCAAAAGGUUUACUUCGACACAACUAGCACAGGGGGAGCUUCACAAAAGGUAUUUAAACUGCUUGACUCUGGAAAUGCAGUGCUACUAGACAAUGUUACAGGAAGUAUAACAUGGCAAAGUUUCCAUUAUCCUACAAAUACUUUUCUUCCUGGAAUGAAAAUGAACACCAAGUUAACGUUGACUUCCUGGAAAAGUCUUGAUGACCCAAGCGACGGAACCUUCAUGUUUCAACAAGAAAAGACGGCUCAAUUUGUCAUUAUGAAUACUACUGGUGGAUUAAAACCUCAUUGGAAAAGUGGAAGUGGAUCAAUCAAGAGCUUUGACCCAAAACCAUUUUUCACUCGCGCAUACAAGUUGCUCACAAACUCUACCACAAAUAGUACAUUAUGUCCAUCGAACAGUAAGCAAAAAAAAUACAUUCCCUUUAACACGUCGUGUUCCAGCAAUUCUAACAACUAUACAAGGUUAGUGAUGAAUGUUACCGGAACAUUACAAUAUUAUAGCUGGGUAGACAGUAGUCUUCAAUGGAAUUUGGAUUGGGAGGCCCCAAAAGAUGAUUGUAGUAUUUUCGGGGUCUGUGGACCUUAUGGAUUCUGUACUCAAAGUAAAAAGACAUGUUAUUGUAUGGAAGGAUUUAAAAAAAUUAAUCCUAAUGAUCUUUCAGCAGGCUGUAAGCGGGCCUCAGAUAUAUGUCAUAACAAUGACGAAUUCAUUGAUUUUACUAUGAUAAACGUUGAAAAUCCAAGGCUAGGAUAUUUUCCGUUAAGUAAUGAGUUAGAGUGCAAGAAAAAGUGUCUUGAAAGCUGCGAAUACAAGGCUUAUUCGUUUACUCCUGCAGAGAGCGAACAAGUUAGGAGUGGACGUCCUGCAAACAGUUGUUGGAUUUGGGAUUUUGAUUUAAAUAACCUUCAAACAAACGGAACACUUAAUAUUUCCAUUCGUGUUUGCGGAACGAACAACUUAUGCGUGGACGUCCCACAAGGGAACCUUGACCAGGAAAAAGGAUCUCCAUCGUUCAUAACACCGACACAUAUUUUGAUCUUCAUAAUGGCAAUCCUAGUGAUCUUUUUGACCUUAUUGUUAGGAAGUCUUAGCUACAUGCAUUACAAGAAACAAGACAGUAGUGAACAAGGAAGGAAUUCUGGUCAUCAGAUGAAUGAUAGUGGAAGAUGGACCAAUGAAAUACUAGAUGUAGAUCACUUAAGAGAAGAAGAUACACAAAGCAUUGGGAUACCAUUUAUUCAGUUUCAAGGCAUAUUAGAUGCAACAUGUAACUUUUCAGAUGCUAAAAAACUUGGAGAAGGAGGUUUCGGGCCAGUCUAUAAGGGUGAGCUUCCAGGAGGACUGGAAGUAGCUGUAAAAAGAUUGUCUAGUCUUUCUGGCCAAGGAUUAGAAGAAUUCAGAAAUGAGGUGAUAUUGAUCGCUAAACUUCAACACCGUAAUCUGGUGAGGUUGUUGGGAUACUGUAUGAAGGGAAAUGAAAAGAUACUUGUGUACGAGUAUAUGCCGAACAAAAGCUUGGAUUUGUUCAUAUUUGAUCAAGGAGCGAGUAUAUUACUGGAUUGGGCAAAACGGUAUGAGAUCAUCAUAGGCAUUGCUCGAGGACUUCUUUAUCUCCACCAAGAUUCUCGAUUGAGGAUUAUUCAUAGAGAUCUGAAAACAAGCAAUAUAUUAUUGGAUAAGGAACUAAACCCAAAAAUAUCUGACUUCGGUUUGGCAAAGAUAGUUCAAGGCAGAGAAACAGAAGCUAGCACAAACAGAGUCAUUGGAACCUACGGAUAUAUGGCUCCAGAAUAUGCACUAGAGGGCUUCUUUUCAAUUAAAUCUGAUGUUUUUAGCUUUGGAGUAGUUGUUCUGGAAAUCAUUAGCGGAAAAAAGAACACAGGAUCUUCUCAAUUUGAGCAAAAUUUAAGCCUUUUAGGUUAUGCCUGGAAUUUAUGGAAAGAAAAUAUGCCAUUUGAGUUAAUGGAUCAAAGGAUAUUAGAAUCAUGCAAUUCACGUGAGGUAUUAAAGUGCAUAAUUGUUGGGCUUUUGUGUGUGCAAGAAGAUCCAGGAGAUCGCCCUACCAUGACAAAUGUGGUUUUGAUGCUUGCGAGUGAUAUCGCAAGCCUUCCAGAUCCGAAACAACCGGCCUUUAUAACAAGAAAAACCAUGUCCAGCUCGUCGUCUUCUUCUUACAAACCAGAUCAGACACAAACAAGAAACACAUUAACUGUUACUCUCCAAGAAGGACGGUAACGCAAGUAUAUAGCUAGGAUAUAUAUGACGGUCCUGAACAUGGCAAACCUUGCAAGUUUAGACAUAUUGUAUCGAUUUCAGUUUCUAAUGGAUUAUUGGGUUAAAAAUUAUGACGUUUUAUUGUGUAAGGCAUGGUUGGAUGAACCUCUAUUGAAAUAAAAUUUUUGAAAAAAAGGGAAAAACAUCA